AAUACCUUUCACUUAUUUAUUCAUGACAGAUUAACAGGAUUGGAUUAUUCUUGAAGUAGUUGCUUUGCCUUAGCCUCCAUUAUGUUUAGGUUGCAGCUGCAAAGGGUAUGCUUCAGUGCUGUUCGGAUUGGACAAUUCAGACAGAUGCAACAAAAGGCAGAGAGGAGUGUCAAUCAAGUCACUUUGCUAGGGAGGGUGGGGAAAGACGUAGAGCUGAAAGGGAGUGAUGAGCAUCCCAUGGCAUCAUUCUCCUUAGCAACCAGUGAAAACAUCAGGAGCAAGGACCCAGAUGAAAUAGGUGACUUCACUCAGAAGACCAGCUGGCAUCGUAUCUGUAUCUUUAAGCCGGGCCUCGUGGAUAUUGUGUAUACAUACUGCAAGAAAGGUGAUAGGCUGUAUGUAACAGGCAAGCUGGACUACAGUGAGUACACAAACAAUGAUGGGAUCAAGGUCUAUCAGACAAGUGUCAUAGCAGAUGAAGUGAUUUUCCUGACUAGUGAAAACAGGAGAGAUGGCUACUGAAUGAGCACGUGAGCGAGGGAUCGGUUUACGAGCGAGGGAGUGCUUGCCCUACCAGAGUACCAAUAUAGCAAUACACAGAAGAAUGUAAAGUCGUCUAUGUGGCAUGAAAGGGGUACAUCCCUGU